CCCCUCCCCACCGUUUUUAUUUUUUAUUUUCAUUUUCUCACCAUCCCAAACACGUUUUCUCUCCUCCAAUUUCCCCAACCGCCAUGUCCACCGAUCUCCAGCUCCUCCACGAUCUCCCUGAGCCGCGAGUCUCCUCCACCGCCUCCGCCGUCAAAAUUGAGCUUCCCGAUCUCGAUCACACCGAUCGUGUGGACUCAUCGGCGGAGGCCGCGGCCGCGCACAGCGGCAGGGAGGAGGAUGAGAGCUGCCGGACUCCGACGUCGAAGGAGAACAGAAUUCCCGAGGCGCUGACUUGUCCGCCGGCGCCGAAGAAGGCGAAACGCGCUGUUUCCUGCAAGAGGAAGCUUCUGGAGGAGUUUCAGUUGUUCGAGAAGGUGAAUAAGGACGAGAUCGAUGGAUUCUUCCGAUCGAAUUUUCCAAAGAGGAGCUGCCGGUGUACAUGAUGAUAAGCACGACGAACCUGCUUCUCGAUCGUCCUGGAUCGAAAAGAGCCUUAUUCACCCGGCUGUUAAAAGAGUUUAACGAACAAGCCAGUGAAUACGACAUUUCAUCAUCUUCAUCAUCAUCCUCUUCUUCUUCUUCUCUCUCCUCUCAAGUUCACCUGUGCGAUUCAUUUCCUUUCUUCUUUAUUUCUUUAAUUUUUUAGCCUCACACCUUAAUGUUUAUAUAUCCAAUUCGCAUAAUAUAUAUUACUAUGUGAAAAUAUAUUAGAUCCUGAAUCCAUUAUGUUCAUUAAUCACAUAUAUCGAUCAACGAAGUGUUGAUUCAACCCCGCAAUUUCAUGAUCUCCACAUGAUCUUCCCUUCUCCUUCAAUUUACCGAUUCUCAGUGCUAAUUAAACCGCAGUUUAAUUUCUUUCCGGAUUUCAUUGUGUAAUUGUUAUUAUAGUGGGAUGCGUCAUAUCUCAUAUACGUGUUCAUCAGACGAAUGAUGGCCUGUGUUUUGACUAC